UUAAAAUCGUCUACAUUAAUUAUCGUCAACAAUGGAAACACGUGUCAGUAAGUAUUGCUUACUCUUCCAAGAGUUUCAAGCGCACGAGGGCGGUAUUUGGAGCUUGGCUUGCAAGCGGUUAAACGGCACAAAUACAGCCAACGUUGGAUCUUAUCUAUCGAAACAGGCCGAGGUCAUCGUCACAGGAGGGCUCGAUGGGUUGAUCAAGAUUUGGGAACUACACAAUGACGGACUCAAAGAACGUAGCAUUUUGGAAGGACACGGUUUAGGAGUUGUGUCUGUAAAUUUUAACAAGGACGGAACUCUUAUAGCCUCGACCGGGAUGGACGCGAGUCUUAGAAUUUGGAAUGUCGCAAAAGGCAGUUGUGUAAGUAAGAUGGACAUAGCUCCUAGUGACACAAGCAACGUUACGUUCUCUCACGACGAUAGAUACGUCGUGACAGGUAGCCAUCACGGGAAGCUUAGAAUGUAUAACGUCAAGACGAAACUGCAGGAACGUCAACUGGUCAAUCCAAGAGAAAGAUUUUUGCUAGCCGUUGCCGUCAGUCCAGACGGAAAACACGUCGCAUCCGGAGACGAGGACGGGUUCAUCUACAUCCACGAAUACGUAACAGGGAAUCUUGUGCAGAAAAUGGCGAAGCAUGCGAAACCGAUUCGCUGUUUGAUUUUCUCUCCAGAUUCAAAACUGUUGUUGACUUGCUCAGACGACAAUCAAAUGAACUUCACCGACAUGGUGUCAGGGAAUACCACAUCUAUUUGUGGACACUCUUCUUGGGUUUUGUCGGCUGCGUUUUCAAACGAUGGAAGAUUCUACGCUUCGGCGAGUGCUGAUAAAUGUGUUAAAAUUUGGGAUUUCGCCACUCAUCGGUGUCUACACACUUUCAGUGACCAUCUAGAUAAGGUUUGGGGUGUCGGUUUUAACUCGGAGUGCAAUCGGGUCGUUUCUGUUGGUGAAGAUGGGUCUGUUAUUGUGUCUGGGAUCCCAACCUAUUUUUAGUGUUAAGUGUUAGGCCUAUAAAAUAGGUUUCUGUAAUGGAAUUUCUAAAACUUUUAAAAUCACAUUUUCAGUUUGUAGCCCAUUUUAGCGUAUGUUUUGUAUUACUUAUCAAAUGUGGUUUUGAAGAAGCUUUGUCCAUUAAGUGUUGUGUAAAAUAAAAGUAUUAUGUGUC